AUGGCGCCCGAGCAGUACAACUACCAGAGCGGCUACGGCCAGUCAAAUCCAUAUGACAACCAGCAGAGCUACGGCCAGCAAGGAUAUAACCAGCAGGGCUACAACUCAUAUGGCGCCGACCACGACGUCGAAAUGCAACCCCUCAACGCACCCCCCUACUCCCAAAACGCUGCCCCUAUGCAGCCCGCCGACCCCAAUGCCAUCCUCAACGAAUGCCGUCAAGUCGGCCGCGCCAUCGACGACCUCGAGAACCGCCUGCCCGACCUGCAGCGCCUGCAACGCGGCUUCACCUCCGGCAAUGGCACCUCCAACAAGGAGAUCGACGGCAUGAGCGCCGACAUCAUGAGCGGCUACCGUGGCCUCGCCGACCGCGUCAAGCGCAUCAAGUCCCAGCCCGCCGCACAAGAACCCCGCAACAAAGCUCAGGUCGACGCGCUGGACCGCCGGAUACGCAAGGCCAUCAACUCGUACCAGCGGCAGGAGAGCGACUUCCGCAAGGAAGUACAGGAGCAGCAGCGGAGGCAGUACUUGAUCGUCAACCCGGAAGCCAGCGAAGCGGAGAUCCGGGAGGCGACGAUGGACGGCGGGGACACGCAGAUCUUCCAGCAGGCGCUGAUGAACUCUGAUCGGAGAGGUCAGGCGCAGAGUACGCUGCGCAACGUGCAGCAGCGCCACGAUGCGAUCCAGCAGAUUGAGCGGACGAUGAUGGAGCUGCAGCAGCUGUUCCAGGACUUGGACGCGAUUGUCGUGAUGCAGGAGCCGAUGGUGCAGAAUAUCGAGAGCAAGGUCGAGGAUACGCAUACGAAUCUUGUUGCUGGAAAUACGGAGGUCGGGAAGGCGGUCAAUAGUGCUAGGGCGGCGAGGAAGAAGAAGUGGAUUUGCUUGGGGAUUUGCGUCGCCAUCAUCGUCGUCAUCAUCAUCAUCAUCCUCGCCUACCUGGGCGCUACCGGCAAGCUUGGAGGCGGCGGCGGCAACUGA